AUGAAGCUCACCAACCUGCUUCCACUGGCAGCCGCCACUUCGGCCCUGGUCUUGCCGCCCGCCGAAACAUUCCAGGAAGUGGAAAUCUGCCACCACGAACCCACCCCAUGGUACCAAACGCUCGUCGGCGACAGCGAGCGUAGACUAGACGAGACAAAGGAUGCACUGAGACGACUCGUCAGUCAAGCUACGGAGGCCUGGGAGCAGGUUGCUGACUCAUCGAGGAACGCUUUCGACUAUGCUCUUGAGAAUGCCUAUGAGGUUGCGGAGAAUGUCGAAGACUCGUUCACUGAGACUCGGGAUGGGGUCCAGGAUUGGAUGCAGUCGCAUUACAUGAUGGGGGUUGAUGAAGAUGAUCAUCAUGGACCACCGCCGCCUCAUCAUGGCCCACCUCCUCCCCACCACGGUGACCACGGACAUCACGGUGAUCACGGACAUCACGGCGGCCAUGGUCAUCACGGUGACCACGGACACCAUGGCGAUCACGGCCACGACAAGCACCCCAAGGUCAACGAGACGGUGCUCAGCCUGAUCAAAUCAAGCAAGUACAGCACCAUCCUCGCCAAGCUCCUCGACGACCACCCGAAACUCGCCAAAGCCCUCAACAGCACCGACUUCAACGGCACUGUCUUCGCCCCGACCGACAAAGCCUUUGAAAAGAUCCCCAAGAAGUUCUUCGAGAAACUCUCCAAGAGCCAGGUCGAGGACCUCCUCAAGUACCACGUCGUCCCAGGCGUCUACCCCGCCAAACGCGUCCUCUUCACCCACACCGCCCCGACUCUGCUCGAGUCCAAGCAGCUCAGCUCCAAACACCCGCAGCGCCUCCGCAUCGGCAAGGGCUUCAAGGGCCUGACGGUCAACUUCUUCAGCCGCAUCGUCGCCGCCGACAUCCACGCCACCAACGGCAUCAUCCACGGCGUCGACACCCCCAUCUUCCCGCCCAUCUCCGCCGUGCACGAAAUCGACCUCUUCCCCGGCGAGUUCAGCACGCUCAACCUCGCCCUGCACAAGACUGGCAUUUGGGACAAGCUGAACAACACAUCUCAUCGUGGGGGAGGUACUCUAUUCGCACCCAAUAACUGGGCCUUCCAGAAGUUGGGCCCGAGGGUCAACGCUUUCCUGUUCUCGUCGCAUGGCGAAAAGUACCUCAAGGCCCUGCUGCAGUACCACGUUGCCCCGCAGAACACGCUCUACUCCGACGCCUUUUACCCGGAGAAGGACAAUGAGGACAAAGAGGAGACUACCGGACGGAACAUCCACGUCGAUCUGCCCACCGCGCUGAAGGACCGCAGUCUCUCCAUCGAUAUCACGAACUGGGGCCCCGUCGUGUGGAUGAAGGUCAACGGCUUCACUACCGUGGCUGUCAACGAUGUGGUGGCUGCCGAUGGUGUGAUUCAGGUCCUGAGCAGUGUUAUCAUCCCGCCCAAGCACGCUGCCAUGGAGCAGGUUGAGGAGAUUGAAGAGGGAGAGAUGACGGUCGAGGAGUUGAUUGAAAGGCUUGAGCCUCAUGUGGAUGAGGAGUGGAAGUUGGACUUGUAA